GCGGUGAGGCCCACCCCCUCCCCGGGUGCUCUGGUGGCGUCACCUAGAAGGUGGGGGAGCAAAAUUCGAUCCGGCGCGGUUGCUGGAUUUGGAGGUGGGCUCACGCUCACGCUCUUCUGUCUCCCGUUUGUCUCUCUACACGGGAGGACGUUGGUUGUCCUCCCGUGGGUAGGCAGUGGAGUGCCAUGAAGCGGGCAGCGAUGCGUCUUUGGACCUUGAACAAGGGGCUUCUUACACAUGGCAGAGGACUGGCUUACGGAUCUGAAAACAAAAUAUGUAAACCUUUACACAUACAGGAAGUUCGAAAUAAGCUGCGGGAGAUCGUAGGCGUAUCCACAAUCUGGAGAGACCAUGUAAAAGCAAUGGAGGAAAGGAAGUUACUUCAUAAUUUUUUGGCUACAUCACAGGAAGCCCUACCACCGAAGAAAAUGAAGGACAGUUACAUUGAAGUCCUCCUGCCUUUGGGUUCUGACCCCGAUCUACGGGACAAAUAUUUGACUGUUCAAAAUACAGUGAGAUUUGGCAGGAUUCUUGAGGACCUUGAUAGCUUAGGAGUUCUUGUUUGCUACAUGCACAACCAAAAUCAUUCUACCAAGAUGUCUCCAUUAUCAAUCGUUACAGUCCUGGUGGACAAGAUUGAUAUGUGUAAAUACAGCUUAAGCCCUGAACAGGACAUUAAGUUCACUGGCCAUGUUAGCUGGGUUGGAAAGACUUCCAUGGAAGUGAAGAUGAAAAUGUUUCAGAUGCACAGUGAUGAUAAAUUUUGGCCUGUUUUGGAUGCAACCUUUGUAAUGGUGGCUCGAGAUUCUGAAAAUAAAGGGCCUGCAUUUGUAAAUCCACUUGUUGCUGAAAAUAAAGAAGAAGAAGAACUUAUUACACAAGGAGAAUUGAACAAGAGCCGAAGGAUUGCUUUUAGCACCACUUCAUUACUGAAAGUAGCUCCUAAUUCUGAGGAGAAGAAUGUCAUACAUGAACUGUUUCUUAACACACUGGAUCCAAAGACUAUAAGUUUUCAGAGUCGAAUUUUGCCUCCUAAGGCAGUGUGGAUGGAGGAUACAAAACUCAAGAGCUUGGAUAUUUGUCACCCUCAGGAGCGAAACAUUUUCAAUAGGAUUUUUGGUGGUUUUCUUAUGAGAAAAGCAUAUGAACUUGCAUGGGCUACAGCUUGUAGUUUUGGGUAAGUUCGACCCUAUGUGGUAACAGUAGAUGAUAUCAUGUUUCAGAAACCUGUUGAAGUUGGCUCAUUGCUCUUUCUUUCUUCACAGGUAUGCUUCACCCAGGACAAUUACAUUCAAGUCAGAGUCCAUAGUGAAGUGGCCUCUCUUGACAGUCGUGAGCAUAUGACCACCAAUGUCUUUCAUUUUACAUUCAUGUCAGAAAAAGAAGUCAUGAUUUUCCCCCGAACAUAUGGAGAGUCCAUGUUGUAUUUAGAUGGACAGCGGCAUUUCAAGUCCAUGAGUACCGCAGUGAUCUUGAAAAAGAACUACACUGUGGAGCCCUAGGAAAAAUCUCACUUGUUGCAAACCAGCACUUCAGGCACAGUGACAUAGUGCCUAAUAAAGGCGUGCUGAGAAAUAUUGAUGUUCACAUUGCUUUUUUAUCUUCCAUAGAGGGAACUAUAUUCAACUUUUAGAAUGAUCAGAAAAGCAGAACAAGUGACUGAAUGGGGCUAAGGGGUGAAAGAAUGAUUAAACAAUAAAACCUUUUAUAGUAAUGUGA